AUGAUUGCCCCCUCUAGAAUGCACGCCUCGAGUCUGCUCCAUCUGCCUACUGAGGUCAUCCAAAUGAUAGUGGAUCACCUGUGGCCCGACGAAACCAUAGCGCUUCUCAUUGCAGUCCCCAAGCUCGCUCAUCUCUUGACUGAUGAGCAUCUGGCGUAUCGGGAUGGAUGGGGCUACACCAUCUUGCACUGGGCCGUUUCCAAAAACGCCGAAGCGAUCGUCAACCUCAUCGCCAGACGUUGUGCUCAGGAUCAGGUGGCAACUUACCGGGGCCAGACACCCUUACAUCUUGCUGUUUCUAGAGGUCUCAACGAAAUUACUAGAAUGCUUGUCGAUGCCGGUUUUGACUUGUUGGCCAAGGACGGAGUAGGAAGAACCCCCCUUCAUUGGGCCUGUUAUAACAGCGGCAGGCACAGCAACCUUGCUGAAAUUGUCCAGUUCCUGCUUGCUAAGGGGGCCGACCCUUCAACUGUGGCAGAUCUCAAGGAAACACUUCUGCACGUCAUUCUUGAGGCUAACUGGAAUCCCAAUCUCACCGUCGUCCAGAUGGUAAUCGAUGCGGGAGUUGACGUCAACGCCUUGGACAUUGAUGGACUUUCGCCUCUCUGGUGGUCUGUCACCAAUGGUCAUGAAGAUGCUUUCGAACUUCUUCUUGCUCACGGAGCAGACCCUCAUAUACGCACCUACCUGGGAACGAUUCUACACGAGGCAGUUGCGUAUGGACGAGUGAAGUUGGUGAAACGGGCGGUUGAGAUUGGUGUCGAUCUCUCUGUGCGAGACGGCGGAACCAAUGACACUGCAUUGAGGAUGGCUACUCAUCGUGGGCGUAUCAACAUUGCUCAGAUACUCAGGGAUGCAGGCGCUGAGACCUGA